CUUGUCGAUAACGUUGAAAACAUUCGCGUCUGAGCAUGCGCACGUAAUCAAUUUCCGGUAAAACGAAGUGUCGUAGCAUUAUUUUGUUGUUGAUCCGGUUGAUUGUUAUCAUUAAAACGAUUGUCCAAGAUAGAUCCUGAAAGUCCCUGAAACAACUGAGAAGAUAUUGCAUAUAGAAUGCAGGUUGGCACUGCUUCGGGACCUGAGAAUCCCACAUCGUACUACUUUAAUCAGCGAGGGAUAUGGCUGACCUACAUACUUGUGAUCUUCCUAGCCCAUCUCUUCAUACUCAGCAUGCCAUUCUUUAGCACUGCAGUGGCGUGGACAGUUACAAAUGUUCUACAUGACAUUUGUAUGUUUAUCAUUCUUCAUGUGACACGAGGCACGCCAUAUUUCCUGGAUGACCAGGGACAAGCCAGAAAGCAGACACAAUGGGAACAGCUAGACCAGGGCAAGCAGUUUACACCAACCAAAAAAUUUCUUACAAUAGUGCCCAUUGUUCUAUUUUUCCUCGCAAGCUUUUACACAAAGUACGACUAUCUUCACUUUUUAGUGAAUGCUUCGUUCUGUGCUCUCAAUGUGGUAGCCAAGUUCCCUUGGUUCCAUGGAAAACGCUUCUUCGGAAUAAACAAGUGGUAAAGACAUCCCUGGUGAUAAUUUGGAUAGAGACCUCAGUGCACAAAUGGACGGUGUAAAUACAUGGAAGAUGUUUGAGUGUUAGAAGUGCUUGAACGCUAAGCCUUUCAUUUUCUCGUUUUCUACCUAGCAAAUGUGUUUUUUAUGCACUCCAAAAUGAAGCAUAUAAUAGCUGCUUUGUCUGUCAGUCCAAAUGCUUAACCCAUUUAUGCCUAGUGGACUCGCCCAUCCUUCUAAAUUGGAUCAAUUUAUUUCCAAAAUUAGGGAUGUCUAGUAUAUUUAUUUCUAUAUUUAGAAUAUUUCUUACAGAAAUUUCCUUUAAGCAAAGAGUGCAGACCCUGAUGAGACGCCGCAUCAUGUGGCGUCUCAUCUGGGCCUAUGCUGUUUGCCAAGGCCUUUGUAUGCUCUCCCAAAAUUUAUUUUGGGGGGAGCAUAUAGUCGCCGCUUCGUCUGUCCGUCUGUACGUGUGUCCGUCCGUUCACUUUUUGUCCAGGCUAUUUCUCAGCAACCACGGUCCUUUGAAAUUUUCCAUUAACUUUACAUCUAGUGCAAUUCUUGUCCGGGCUACUUCUCAGCAACUUAUUACGGGAAUUCAAUGAAACUUUAUGGGAAGCUUCACUACCAACAGGAGAUGUGCAUGUUAUCAGCCGGUUAUGGUCGGAUGAUUUUUCACAGAGUUAUGGCCCUUUGAAAUUUUCUAUAAACUGUACAUAUAGUGCAAUUCUUGUGUGGGCUAUUUCUCCCCAACUACUGACUGGAAUUCAAUGAAGCUUUAUGGGAAGCUUAACUACCUUGAGGAGAUGCGCAUGUUAUUUGUGGGUUCUGGUUAGAUGAUUUAUUUAGAGAGUUAUGGCCCUUUGAAAUUUUUAAGUUGCUAAACCAUCCAUCGUAUUAUUUUGUCCAAAGUUAUGCCCCUCAAGACGUUUGCUUUUAUCUGAAUAUAUAGUGCAAUAUUGUGACAAAAAAACCUUUGGGGAGCAUAAGCCGUCUCCGACGGUUUCUUGUUUCUAGAUGCUAGGCACACAUGGGUUAUAUUGAUGGAAUUGAGUUUGCAGGGGUCUAAAACAAUUGUUCUAGUUUUUGCACUGAGCUAUGUCCUUUCUUUCUUCCCUCACACAUUUAAUUUCUUCACGAGAUCUGAAUAGGAUGAAGCUUGAUACAGGAAGAACAUGCGCAUAUCGUUAUGUCUUUCUGCUACAUAACACUUGAACAAUUACCAUUUGUUUCUAUGCCUUGACAAUAUGGGGGAGCGUUUAUCAGUUUCAACUAUAUUCUUGUUUAGUGUUUGACCUAGGUAUGGGUUUAUUUAAUUCCAUUAUGACCUGUACUCUGUGAAAAGGGGGUUAAAUGCAUGUGCGUCAAGUGUUGUCCCAGAUAAGCCUGUGCAGUCUGCACGGGCUAAUCAGGGACGAUACUUUCGGUCUCAACUGGAUUUUUGCUAAGAAGAUACUUUCUUUAAAUAGAACAUAUCAUCAAGCAGAAAUUGUCGUCCCUGAUUAGCAUGUGUGGACUGAACAGACUAAUCUGGGAUGACACUUUAUGCACAUACAUUAAACCCCUUUUUCAUCGAGCACGGCCCAUAUAAUAAGUUAUUGCUAAGGAAGCAUGUUAGUGUUUGUGUGUGUUUUAUUUUUCCAUUCACUCAAUACACAUAUUUGAAUUUUUAAUAUUAAAUAUUUUAAUAUUAAAUAUUCGUAUAUGGCUGGUGGUGUUUUCAUUGCUGACAAUGAUACAUUUUCUAUUCUGGAAAUAUAUAAAGAGUAUAAAUGUGUGAUUUGUCAUAAUUUUAUUUUUUAUAUUUGUAUAGUCAAUUCUAUGAAGAGACCGUUUGUUGAAGAAAAUAUGAUAUUUUACUGUUCAUGUAUAAUAAGUAAUUUUACAGUAUGAAAAAGUAUAUAUGGUUGAUCAACAAUCAAAGGAGACAGCAAGGUUAUUAUAAAUCCAUUUGGCAUGUUAAGUUUAUUUAUAUUUAUAUGCAUGUAAUUAAACAGUACAACGAG